AUGGCUGGAGCUGUUCCGCGUCCGCUCAGACCUGCCGUCCUCUGGUCGUCACGAACAAUUUCCUCCAACAGAGCGGCGUACCCGUCCCCUGCCAAGGCCAUACAUUCUCAUCUUGUCCUUCCCAUUCACGAGCUCGCGUUCCUCAUCAGACGCAACACUCCCCUCAAGAUUCGGACGCUUGCCACGUUCCCCAGAGCAUCACGUCAAGCUCGUGGACGCCCCGUCUUCGGCUCGAUCCUGCCAUCCCUCGCCCUCCGACAGCCAUCAACGAUGUCGGCGGUCAAGAGAAAGGGAAGCUCAUUGGCGACCGAGACGGAAGCCAAGAAGCCCAAGGCUAAUGGCAACAUUGCCUCAUUCUUCGGCGCCGCGCCGAAGCCAAAGUCAAACGGCGUCUCGUCGCCGGCGCCUGCGGUCAAGUUCGACAAGAAGAAGUGGGUGGAUGGCCUCACGUCGGAGCAAAAGGAACUCCUGAAACUGGAAAUCGAGACUCUGGAUGAUAGUUGGCUGGCUCAUCUCAAGGACGAGGUCUCCUCCAAGGAAUUCCUCGAGCUCAAAAGGUUUCUCGGCAGGGAAACUGCGGCUGGGAAAAAGUGGUUUCCUCCGCAGGAGGACGUUUACUCUUGGUACGUCGGUCGAUGGUCCCAAGCUGCCAGUUCCAGGCCAGUUCCGUUCCGUUCCGAUCUAACCCUGCCUUCAUGUAGGUCUCGCCACACCCCUUUCCACAAUGUCAAGGUCGUCAUCAUCGGCCAAGACCCCUACCACAACGUGAACCAAGCCCAUGGCAUGGCCUUUUCCGUCCGGCCUCCGACGCCCGCACCGCCUUCACUCAAGAACAUGUACAUCGCACUGAAGAAGGACUAUCCCAAUUUCGUGUCUCCGCCGAAGAAUGGGGGUCUGCUCAUUCCCUGGGCCGAUCGUGGCGUUCUCAUGCUCAACACCUGUCUGACGGUUCGCGCGCACGAUCCCGCCUCGCACUCCAACCGCGGCUGGGAGCGUUUCACGCAAAAGGUCAUCGACCUGGUCGCCCAGAAACGAUCGCGGGGAGUCGUCUUCGUGGCCUGGGGCACGCCGGCCGGCAAGCGGGUGCAGAGGGUGGACAGACAGAAGCACCUGGUUCUGCAGAGCGUUCACCCGAGUCCGCUCAGCGCAUCGAGGGGGAAUUUCUUCGACUGCGGCCACUUCAGGAAGGCCAACGACUGGCUCAUCUCGAGGUACGGUGACGACGGCGAGAUUGACUGGGCCCUCACCCCGAACACGUCCACCAAGAAGGCCGGCACGCCACAUGCGGACGACAAGGCCGACGCAAAGCCGGCCGCAAGGGUGGCCGUGCCCGCCGAAAAGCCACUCGAUGGAGGGGAGGACGACAUCGGCUCCGACGACGAGGAAGCUCUCGAGGAAGCUCUCAAGCUAGCGGAAGCGGAGAAACAGAACAAACAGGACGGGCAAGGUACGGCUUGA